AUGGUACCGAGGCUCCCCCUCGUCAGACUUCCGCCGUGCGCGACGGUGCACAAGCUCGGCGCAGCGUCCUUGACGCCCUCGACCGCCCUUUUGAGAUUUGGCGACAAGGGGUGGACGAUACCGCAUGGCUCUGAGAGCAAGGGCAGCAGUCGAGCCGGAUGGGCUAUAGUCGGAGAUAGCGAGGGUAGGCGACUAGCUGUGGAGACGUUGCUCAGUAGAUACCGCAUACAUCCAUCCCCGCCUCCACCUGGCGCAUUCCCGUAUACAAACUCCCUCCUGGCGUCAGCCGCUUCCACCUCCGAGAUGACUACUCCCUCUCGCCCCAUCAGACAUCUCGCUUUCGCGCGCCCACCCCCUUCCGGCGAGUUCACAGACUUCACAGCUCGUUACGGCGCUCUACAAGAGGAAGACAAGCUCUCUUUCCGGGAGACCCUCCUCGCCCUUGAUCCUGCACCCUCAGAGGCCGACAUUGACCGGGUCGCCACACUCAUGCGGAUAACACACCUGCUCGACUUGCCAUCGGUGUCGUUCUCGUCUGGGCAGACGCGGCGGGGCCGGAUCGCCGCUGCCCUCCUCACGCGGCCGGUACUGCUGUUACUGGAGGACCCCAUGGCGGGUCUGGAUGUGAAGUCUAGAGCGGAGGUAUCUAAGGUGCUGGGAGAGCUGGAUGGGGAGGGGGAGAUCCGGGUUGUACUGGUCUUAAGGGGCAAGGGGGAUGGAAUGCCAGAAUGGGUGGGGAAUGUCGCUGAGGUGAGGAGCGGGGAUGUUUGGAUUGGUAGCAGGGAGGAAUGGGAGGCAAGAUCCAUGGCGACGUCUGGGGCAGCCAGGAUAGAGCCUCUCGAGGAUCAUGCGGAGACCGUUCGGACAAGCCAGGAUGGGGAGCGGAAAAGCGGGAAGGCGGUAGUAGAGCUGAACGGCGUGACCGUCAGCUAUGGCGAGGGAACGCGAAUAGUGCUCAAGGGGAUCGACUGGACGAUCCGUGAAGGGGAAAGAUGGCAUCUUCAGGGGUCUAACGGAUCCGGCAAGACGACUCUUCUUUCCCUCAUCCUGGGCCACCAUCCCCGCUCCUUCUCCCUACCCCCUUCGUCCCUCCAGCUCUUCUCCAAACCCCGCCGCUCCACCCCCACCCCCAUUCUCCGCUCACUUAUCGGUCACACCUCGCCUGAAAUCUACGCGGCUUUCCCGCGAGGUAUGGGCCUCACCGCCGCACAAGCCAUCGGGACAGGAUUCGAGGGCGUCUUUUCCCGUCGGCCCUUGACCGCUCCGCAGAGGGACCGAGUCAUGCAGCUCCUCGAAUUCUGCAAAGACUAUCUUGUACCCGCAAGAUCAGCACAGAGGGGCACAGCGACACUGGAGGAUAUUGCACGCACCAAUUUUGCGCAUUUCACUCCGGCUCAACAGGCCCUGCUGCUCUUCCUGCGGGCGCUUGUCGGCCGGCCGCCGCUGGUGAUCUUGGAUGAGCCGAGUCAAGGAGUGGAUGAGGCGAUGUGGAAGCGGUGCGUCGAGCUGCUGGAGCAGGAGUGGAAGGAGCGGCCAGAGAUGAGUACGGUGGUGGUCAGUCAUUAUGAGGAUGAGGUGCCAUGGGGCAAGGGCCAUGGCAAAGUCUUGCGUUUAGAUGAUGGGAGAGGGGAGGUGGAAUGA